AUGAGCAGGAUUGUCGGCCUUUUCCGGCGCACGUUUGGAAUAGUUCGCGACCACGUGGGCACAGAUCAUUUUGGGAAUAAAUAUUACAUAAUCCCAGAGCAGAAGACAUGGACAGGUAGGUUCAUCCUUAAUGUGUUUUAUCAAUGGGCUUUAUUCUGACACUCUUCAAAGUGCUUGAACCCACAUGCAAGUAGAAGGGCAAGAAAGGUUAAAAUAAGCUCAAUUGAGGCUACCUAAACACUUUUUUUUUGUAUAUGCAUGGACCAUUUCACAGUGGCAAAGGUAGCUUCACGUCACUAGUGUGUUGAAAUGACAAAAUAUGUCAAUUUCACUAUGGAAUAAUAAUAUAUACUGAGUCCAGCUUUUCUAAUGCACAUAUUCAGCUGUACUUUUCCCUGAAAUUGUGAUUGACUUUAGCUUUAGGCUACCCUUGCACUACAAUAAUCUUACCGCUAGAUGUCGCCCCCACCUCAACAGGCAGUCCCUCAAAGUGUUUUCAAUGCGACCGCUGAGGAUUUAAAUGCGAUUUACUAAAGUUUAGUAACUCUAACUUUGACAGAACUUUGACAGCUACACGGGGCUUCCUGAGGAACGAGUAUUGGACUGUUUUAGAGUAUUACGUGUGUGAUGAGGAUUUAGAAGGAGGUCAUAUAUCCCUUCUGAGAUAUGGCAGUCCUCAAGCCAAGCAGUAGAACUGUGUCAUCAGGCUAAUCCAUGGUGAGAUGCCAAUGGUGUCCUUUGCACUGUCACAGACUGAGCUGAGGCCAAGGACACGUUCUCUAAAAUGAAUGACUGGCUCAAUGUGAGUUCUGCUGCAGUAUACCAUCUUAACUUCUGUAGUGUCUGGAGAAGGGUUUUAUUGGAGGCUCGAUUAAGCAAUGGGAGAAGAGGAAUAAAGGCAUUCUGAUAUAGGGAGAGUGGGGUAAGUGAGUCAUUUUUCAUAUUUCGGAUCUCUACAUCAAGGCAAUCAUAGUUUUUGUCAUCAUAGUUUGGUCACAUGAUCAGUUUUUUUUAUACCAUUUCCAAGCCACAGGGGGUGUCUCAACUUACCCCACUCUCCCCUAUAGGCUCUCCUGUCAGAAAGACACUCAAGACUGUGACUUUUACCGUGAUUAUAAAAACACGCAGGUAUAAUUCCCAGUACUUGAGUUGUAAACUUGUUUCUGAGGUAAGCAAAGUGUGCUCGUAAGUGCAAUUUUCAAGCUCAAUUCAUUAGCCGAAUUUUCCUUUCAGCACCACCAUUAAUCAUCAUCUGCAGGGGUCUGUCCUCAACUUAAGGCCACAGGUCAGGGGUCACAGGUCCAAGAGCAUGACCCUUGAUUACCCUAGACAUGAUACUGCUGGUUAACAAGCCAUGGACUGUUGACGUGUUAAUCCCAAAAGCUUUAUACACUGUAUGAUAUUUGCCAGAAUUACAAGGACCAUAUUUGUGUAAUCACAUUCACAUGUUUUGUGUUUGUCUCCCUCUCUUGGUUAAACGUUAUGUUUGAUAUCUUUACAGGCUUAUCAUACAUUGCAUACGUUUAGUGGUACUUUCCUCAGGGGACCAAACCCCACACGUUUGUGUUUUUCUGGUUUGCUGCAGAGGGACUGUCCUCCAGCUGCUUUCUCUCUGACUGAACUUGACUUUGUGCCUCACCUUUUCUCAGCAGUUUGCGGGGAAAACUUGCGCCCACCUCAUAUUUAUAAUUCAUUACUAGGCUGCUCCUCCACCCCUGGCUGUCAGACUAUUCAAAUGAGACAUCACACAAGCCCAUUUUCAAGCACGCUACAGGCUACCGCAUUCACUGUCCAAUCACAGUGACUGACACUGUAGAGAGGCUAGUGCCCCAGUAGAAAAAAGCUGUUACGAAACAAAACACCCUCAUAAACCCCGCGACAGGCAUUCACAUUGACACAAACUCAUAUAUUAAGUCAUAAGAAACAAAUAGAAAAAUACGGCACACACAUUUGCCCCCUUUUUUUCUGCCACUCACCCCGUCCAGCCUUGUGGAAAUAAAGCAGAUGCAUUAUUCAGUCCAUAUGUCUUGCUAAAGCGGGCUCUUUUUGAUCUUAAACUGAUAGGCCAAGCGUGGGCUCAGGGCCUUAAGGCAUGGACCGCAGGGCUUUCCACUGCGGCACAUGAGUAGUGGUUGAAGUAGGUGAGGAGUCUCUCCCCUCUUCCUCUCACUCUAUCUCUCUACUUUGCCUACUUCUUGAGUUCAUUUGUCCAUCCCCUGUGUUCAGUCAAACCCUCUCUACCUUUAUCCAUGCUUUGCUGCUCCCAUUUUCUACCUCUCUCGUUCCGUUAACUUAAGAAAACUGGGGCAUAAGCAAUUCUGCGUGCAGUAGGCUAUUUAUAAGGAUGCUAAUGGUUGCUUAAAAGAAGAAAUAAAAGGACGCAAUGUUCUUUUUUCUAUGUGAAACUGUUCUGCCAAAUCUCAACAACUGCUCAAGAUUCCUCCUUAGGUUGACCUCUUUAAUUGCCUCCAGUUAGUCCUUCCUUCCCUUUCUCCCCCUCCACUUCAUCGCUGCCUCUUGAUUUCCCUCCUUUGAAGCUGGUCCAGUGAAGAUUUCUAUUCACAACACUCAAGUUCAGCAGUGCGGAGGGCUAGACCCAGCAGAGAGCUUUCUAUCCCCCCUUUCCUCAGAUGUUUCUGCACAUCAAAACGAAAAAAGGCCUGAGUCUGAAGUACACGCCUAGAGAGGGAGAGUGUGUCUGUCUCUGUUUCUGGCUUUAGAAAGGGUCUAGCUAAAGAGGCCUACUGUAUGCUGCUGCCCCACAGAGGGAGCGCUGCUAUAGGCGGUGGGGCCCCAGUGAUUGUUGUCUAUGGGCCGAACUACAAGAGAAAGCCACUGGCAAUCUGGCCACUGGUCUUUAGAAGGUCUUUGCCUUGUACUCGCUCCAUAGAACUGAAUAGCGAAUCUAUAUUCUUCCCUCUUUCUGUGUGUGUGUCUGUCCCCCAGGCCCGGCUCUGCCUCACACUGCAUGGGGCGCCGUGUCAUGCUGCCCAGAUGAAAGCGAAGCAUUCUGUGGAUGGGCUCAUUCGUCUUCAGCAGCGGGCCUGCAGCCUUGACGCCUGCCUUCCCUCCCUUUAUUUAGGAAGAGAGGCGCGCUGACAUUAUCGGCCGCUGCAGGCACAUUUGAAAAUAAUUGCCUGUAUGAUUGCUAUUUUUCUUACCUCUUUGAGGAGGUGUAGCCUUUGUCUUGGAAUCAAUGGCUGCUCAAUACUGGACAGGGGAAAGGCAGUUUCCUUUCAUGUCUCGGUGAAAAGGAUGUAUUUUUAGCGCUAUUCAUUUUAGCAGUGUGUGCCAUGCAGUUUUAAUCUAUUGGUCCUCUCUGCUGUGUGGAGAAUGGAAGGGAUUCAGAGGGUCUUCAGAGGUGUGCCACACUGUUGCAGAGAAAAGAUGCAUUGACUCGCUGUCCUAUCACUAUCCCUCUCUCUUUGUCUAUUAUUUAUUUGAUUCUUAGCUGUGUUCUAUGAAGUGAAAAACUGAAAAGGCCUCAGUUCUGCUAUUUCAGGAUGGGCGACUCUGGGGACUCGGGGAGGAGGUGUGUGUAUGUGUGUUUGUGUCUUUUACUAGUUUGUGCAUUUGUGAUAGCGUCCAUGUGUGCGUGCAUUUUUAUCUUCUUUGUUUUUUUAACAAAAAAGAAAAAAAUAUAGAGAUUGUGUGUUUUCUCUCCACUUCAUGCCCAAACACUCAUAACACAACAACAGAUGGCUGUGUGUCAUCAGAGCGUUGAUUCAAGCCGCAUAUUUCCAUGGAAAGAGUCGCAGCGGAGAGAGACGGGGGUCCAAAUGGCUGUUUAUUCUGCCACAAGUCAUCCCUAGGGUGUGAUGAAGGAAGGUCUAUCCUACAGUAGGACACUAAGUCAGUGCUUACCACGGAGGCGCGAUGUCCAGAGAUGCUUCACUAAAUCAUGUUAAUUGAUCAGCAGCUUUGCAAUGCAUGGGGUUUAAAUGAAGGUUGUUUAAUCAUUAUAGGGAAACCAAGUGGGUUUAACUCAUCUCUCUGCAUACACUGGUUGCCAAGUGUGUAUUUAUUUGUGCAUGAGGUGGAACAUCAUGGAGUGGCUUAACUACUUCAUUAAAAAGGCAUUUGAAAAGAUAGAUGCUGAAAAUGAGAAACAGGCACAUUUAUUUCUUAUGGUGGAACAUUACACAUGGGCCUCGCUCCAGUAUCUGUACUCCAAGCAUGUAUAGGUCUCUUUAACACUUCCUUAUCUACAGUAGACCUGUGACUGUAUCCACUUCAGACUCUGCCUGUCUGACAGAGCUAUAUUCAUGCAAUUAGGGAUGUAUCAAUCCAAUAUUUGGAUUGGGUAUCGGCUCCGAUAUUGAUAAAUUAACUUGAUCGGAUAACUGAUGAACAACGCCAAUCCAGUGCUCCCAUCGCAACGCAGCGGUUCUGUUCGCUCUAUAUUCUGUCUAUCUGUCUGUCUAUCCUUUUGCACUUAAUGUUUACAUGAAUGUCUCACUUCUUUUUGCUGUGUGCUAAUGUGGCAUUUGUUAAUAAAUAAUAUGAAGUAAAAUAUUAAAUCUGUGUUAAUUUUGUACCUUUUUUCUAACAAGGCUAAUGUCAAGCCUGAUGCCUUCACUCACAGGGUUGGGUAUACAGUUCAUUCAUUCAACCGUAGUAUUGGGUCGGUAUCAGAUAUGGGCCGAUACGCUCAACCCAGGUAUUGGUAUCGGAUUGGAUUGGAAAAAAAUGGAUUAGUUUAAUGCAAAUUAAUCCAAAACGUGUUUCCAUUUAGCCCUCGUGACUCACUGUCCAAUGAAUUCACGUCUUUCUCUCUCUUUGGUCAGAUGGCCAGCGAGAUGUUUUGACACCUCGGGCUCCCUGUCAGUCACAAACUCACCCAGAAGGACUGACAGACAGAGAGACAGACACACACACACACACUCUCACACACAAGCAGACAUCUCCUGGAGCCUGCCACUGCUUAUUCAAUUCAGAAUAUUUUAAUAAAGCAGACAGGCAGAGAGAAAUAGGGCUAGGAGGAGUAAGGGAGGAGAGAUAAGGCCAAGAGAGGCUGGAAAAAAAAGAAGGUGGGGUACAGAAAGUGAGUGACAAAGAACAAGGGGGAUGCUGACAUAUGGGGUGAAAUUAUAGAGUGGGGGGGAAUGGAGAGAGUGAAAGUGAAAGGAGUGUUUCUGACAGAAAGAGGGUGAAAUGAGUGGGUGGAACAGGCAGAUAGAUAGAGGGGGCGAGAGAGAAGGUGGAGGUAGGUUAAUGGAGAGAGAGAGAAGGGAGAAAAGAAGGGGGUUGGAUGAGGGUGAUGGAGGUGAAUAGAAAGGGGUGGACAGCUCAGUGCUUGGACAUCGCACACAUGGGGCUCAGGAGGAGGAGGAAAGGGAGGAAGAAGGGAGCAGAGGAGGCGGCAUCCACACUGCUCCAUAGCCUCACAAAGGAUGGUGACUUCCUGGCUCGACAUGGUCCUUUUCUCCACAGCCCAUCAGGCAGAGAGGAGACUUUGAGAGAAUGGGUGGUCUUAAGUGGAAGGAGGCUAAAGUAUCCCUUCCACCCUCAAGUGCUCUGGGGUUUAGUUAAAAGUCACACACAGGGGAAAUCAGGGUAUUCUUUUUCUGCGCGUUAUUACUUUUAUAUGAAUAAUUCUCCUCUGUUCUGCAGCGAGUUGCUCAAGCCUCAACGGGAUCGACAGCAACAGGGACAAACAGAAUGAGGGCUGAAUAAAAAAGCGUACAGCAGCAGCAUGAGCAGGCCUACUUUAUGGCUAAGCUCCUCCUCUCACCAGAACUGAUGCAAAACAACGGCCUGGCCUUUUCCCUCCAAACCUCAUCCCAGCGUCACCAGGCUCAGGGCUAAUAGGUAACCAUGGUUACAGGUAUCACACAUCCCCUCUAUUUUCCCCCCUCCAGGGUUAGGGAUUGGAGGGAGAGAGAAAGGAGGCGAGGGUGUCAGUGUUGUUACCUGGUUGCCCUUGUAUCACUGAUGCUUAUCGGAUCACUCCAUCUUCAUAUAGCCGUCCAUUACCAUGCAUGUCUCAGUCCCCCCACAUCCGUCUCCAGCACAGAGCCCAGCUGGAGAGGAAUAAACUAGACUCAAUAUACCAGACUGAUGGUUCUCUGCUGCAGGAUGGCUUUUUUGUUCCAACACAGUGGCAGGUCUGAAACUCACUGCUUUUCUCUUACUAUGAGGGAAAACUGAGAGUGACGCUGUUUGCGGUCCAUUGUGAGGGGAUGGAUGGAGUUCAAUGGCAUUUAACUCAAACAUCACAAUAGGUGCUGUUUGUUGAAUAGUCCAACUAGUUUGAGAUUUCUUUAAUAAACCUCAUAUUAAAUAUUAGCCAUACAGAUUCUACAGGGUUAAAUAUGCUGAUUCUCUGUAUGUUAGCUGUGUAUGAUAUUAAUUAAAAGAAAAAAAGACUGGAUCAAAACGCUUUAUCGGAGUUAUUCAUCCAGUAUCCAAUCCAGUUAAUUUGUCAAUAUCGGAGCUGAUAUCUGAUCCAAAUAUCUGAUCGGUGCAUCCUUAAUAAUAUCAGCCAUUAGAUAUAUCUGUCAGGCCUUCCAGACUGUGGUGGUGUUUAUGAAUCAGACAUUGGGUUCAGUAAUAAUGGGCAUUAACUGUAAGACCAUCAGUUGGAGCUGACUGCUCUGUCUGCUGCUGAUAGUUUUUUUUAGGGUUUUUCUCACCUGCAUGUUGCCCGUCGAGGUGAGCUCCCCUUCUCUUGACAUCUGCGUCAGUAAUCAAAGACAGAGCGCAGGAGGAAAGCACACCACCACGGAGACAGCCCAAGACACCUGCAAUGACAUUGUGGAGGUGAAAAACCUCUCAGGUCGCCCCCAGCAGUACUCACCUGGGAGCUUAUGUGUGAAGUUGGGGGUUUAGUGUUUGUGUGUGUGUGCGUGCGUGCGUGUGUGUGUGUGUGUGUUGAAGCAGGUGAUAGAGUUUAGUGGGGUGUGUUCAGGGUUCAAAGAGCAGCCCUCAGAGCGCAUCACGUCUUAUUCUAACGAACAAGAGAAAGACGCGUACCUGCCAGUUGAUUGGCUCCCGAUCUGGCUGCCAAGGCAACCCCUCACCCAUCCUGCUGCCUCCCUCCCUCCUCUGCUUCCUUCCUUCCUUUCCUCCUCCCCCCCUCCGGUUCCACAGCUAGGCUCACAGAUGAGUCGCGCUCAGACAGGUGAGAUGGCUCAUGAAUAUUUAUGUGGUGGGAUUUCAUUCCUCCUGCCGCUGGCCCCUCCCCCUCUCUAACGCUGUGCUGCGUUUGUCCUUCACGGUAAGAGGCAGCGUCCUCGCUCCUGUCCCUCAGGUUAAUCUGCCUACUCUGUAGCCAGUGAGUGUGGGUGUUGGUGUGUGUACUGUGUGCGUGUGUGUGUAUGUGAAUUUGACUAGUAAGUAGGUUUCCCCAAGUGAGUGAUGAGAAGGCAGACCUGUCACAAGGGGGCCCACUGAGAUCCAGAGCUCCUAACACCUCUUCAUACUCACCCCCCUCUCUCUCUCUCUAUUUCUCUCACUUUAGGUGAAAGUCUGAGCUUUGUAACAGCUUGGUGCACCAUAUAAUCAGUACAUCUUAUUGUGAGUUGACAUACAUUUGUUACAUCAAGCCCAGGUUUACUUGCACUGUUCAAGUCUUUUAUUAUUUUUAAUUCUUUUCAGGACCCUCAUGGUCAGUUUAACACUAAAUAUUGUGGUGAGGGUUUUUUUACUGUUUCCAUCAUUUUCAAAGCUUUUAUGUCUUCCACCGAAUUUUAUUUUAUUUUAUUUUAUUUCUUUAUUGCCAGUAAUGUGACAUUUACCCCAAGUGUUCUCUUGUUGUUGUUCUGGAGUUUUUAUCUUCUUUGUGUUCCUGCAUAUUAAAGCACUUUGUAAACGCUUGUUUUUAAAAGUUCUAUAUAAAUAGUUAUUAUUUUUAUUGUUGUUGUUGUUGUUGUUAUUAUUAAUUUGGUUUCAUUGUGAAAAAUUGUAAAAUUUAGCAACUGCAGCUUUAAAAUCGGAACUGUGUCCUCUGUGUUAUAGUUGUAGGGAAAAGUUACGAUCUUUUUUGUGUUGUUUGGAUACAGCUCUUUUUUAAGUGGCCCCGUGAGCUUAAAGCGCCCUAAAACUAAGAUGAAUGUUAUGCUUUAAUUCUUUAAAAAUUAAAUUACAUAUUUUGUGAGGUUAUUUAAGUUAUUUGUUUCUCUUAGUGAGCAGCAGCUUCUCUGAGGUGACACACUUUUUUCUUUUUGAAGUUUUUCACCAGUAUAGCACACAGCCUUUGCCUCUGUGUGCUGUUUUAUUUUUCCACCACAGUUGUCCCAGAUCAAAGAUACCAAGAGACAGAUUCACCUCAAUCAGGGCGACACGCCUCCUCCCAAUGUGUAUGUGGUGGGAGGAUCAGCCAUGUUUCAUAAAUAUAUGUACAUACUGUAUUUGUUAUUCAAAUCCAAGGAUGAAAGCCGUGGUGGAAGGGGUUUAGUCAUGCUGCAAAAGCAACAAGACAAGGGGAGAGCCAUGGUGCUGUGUGACGGAGUAGAGAGCACAGAGAAAGAGAAAGUGGGUGCCUCUUUUUAUGCUUUUUAGUUAAGCAUUAGCUUGUAGCCAAGCACGUCGCUUGUGGGGACUGUGUCAUAAUUGUACCAUUUCACUCUGCUGCCACCCACACCCAAUGCAAAUAUGGAUAGGAUCUGUUCAUAAUUAGCAUACCUGUUAAAUGUAUUUGCUAGUAUUGCCUAGAGAACACAGUCUUUUGUUUGCUGGCAGAUCUUUUUGUUCUGCUAUCAGGGGGGGUUUCCAGGAAAGUGUUCCUCAGAAGACAUUUUAAAGCAUGCAUAAAAAACAAAGCGAGGAUCAUAGGGAUGUGUUUUACUCUGUGCAUGGCUGAUAAGGUGAUAGAAAAAGUGUGUUUUUUUUAAGACUGGAUAGUAGAAAACUGGUGCUGUAGAGCUGGAGCCUGUGAGGCCCUAUAGUGACAUUCUAGUGGGAACCAAAGCAGAACCAAAGCAAUACUAGCCUAAUUAGCUGACCUGAUUACAGGAUAAAGGCUUGAUGUUGUAUUGAGAAGAAUCAUCCCCGUAAAGCAAGAUUGCAGAACAGCAGAUCCAUAAAAAUGAUCUUGUCUUUAAUUCAAUUUUCGUUAAACACCAAACAGAUAAACUUUUAUUUUGAAGGCUGGAGCAGCAGCAGCAGCCCAGCCUCCUGUAAACACACUUUCUGAGUGCCAUCAUUCAUCCAUCACUUGUGCCACAGCGAUCUGUCAUGGCUGAAGUAAACAUUAAGGCCAUCAGUCUGCGCUGUGCAUGGAGGUGGUUGCCUCCAUUUGUCCAUGUCCAGUCAGCUGCGGAGAAACGGUGAUGGAAUCCUGACAGAUUGUCUGUGUUUUGGAGCGUGUUGUUUUCCUUGCCCAUCCAUUUUUCUCCUCCUAGCCAUGUUUGCCAUGCAUCAUCACUCUCUCUCUCUCUCUCUCUCUCUCUCUCUGCCUCUACCCCUCCUUGCUUGCCUCAUCAUUUCUCAGAGGGAUGUGAGCGAUGGAUGGACAUCCAGGCUACCUGCGAGGAGAAACUAUGGAAACACAGCACUUCUUAUUACACUGUAUGAAGCUUCACACAAAAGAAACAUCACAACUGGAUCAUUUAAUUCCCCGGCUUUCUCUUAUUCUCCCUCUAUUGUCCCCCCACACCAUCUCCCUACCUCCGUCUCCAUGUCAUUGUGUGCCAGCCAAACUUGUCUAAUCAGCAGAUUCGACCAAAAAUAAUUGGCGGUGGCCUUGCUGCUAGCGCGCGCCGUGCUGUAUACAGAUAGGGAAAGGAGCACUUAAUAUUCCACGCAGCUCGUGCCUCUCCUGUUCUCUGUGAUAUCUGACCUCUUUUGUCUCCUGCUCAGCUUGAUGUUGAUUUUGGAGGGCAUUGUUAGCCAGAACACUCUGAUUGGAAGAGGGAUGUCGGCGAGGGGGCUGUGGUUGGUUGGGUUAAAGAGGAGGCUGAUUUGCAUAAAGGCUUAGCCCAGAUUUGGAGCCACUCAGCGAGAUCUGAGGAGAAGGGCCCGAGGGGCCACGAGGUAAUCAUCCAUGGCCUGUCACAGCGCUGUCAUUCCUCUGCGUUUUUGUGUGUCUGUCUAUAUCCGUGUGUCUGUAGGAGCAGGAGACUUGAGAGCGUUGCGUCUACACCUUCUUUGUGUUUGUUUGCGUUAUGUGUGCAUCAUUGUGGAGAAUCUCUCUCAUCCUUUCUCUCCUUUUCUUUUUUUUUUCUUUUCAUUUUCCAGGAAGACUGGUCCGGGCCAAGCGGAUCAUAGAGGCAGCCAAUCCUGCAGAAUUUGAGUACACAGUAGGCAGCAUACCGACGGAGUGGGAUGGUGAGUCUGGACUGCAGCAUCACGGUUACAAACCUAAACUAUCACUAUCACUACAAGAGAUAAAUGACAAUAUAAACACCGGUGCUACCUCGCAGAGUACACAAAGUGCAGCACAAAUAAAAUGGAAUAACAAAUUCAUGGCAGCAUCUUUGGGGCCCAAGCUAAUCCAUUGAUUUUUUUUCUUUUUUUAUAAUGCAAUAUGGGGGUGGGGAAAAGCGUACUCAUGAGUUUAUCAAAGACGCCUUCUGUUGGUGUUAUACAACCGUACCAUAAAAUAGUGUUUCAGAUUUCUUACAACUGGAUACAAACUGUUCCCUCUGUCUCAGACUGGCUUUAUCCACCUUAAACCCCUCAUCCUGCUUCGCCCCAUCCCUCAUGCAUUUUCAUCAGGAUGCAAAUAAGAAAGGGAUAAAAGAGGCCCAGAAUCCCUACGCUAGCAGGAGGAAGAGUUAGAAAAUCUCGCUUUCUCUCUCUCUCCUCCUCGUUCCCUUUAACCUGCGCCGCCGUGCAGCCAGCUCAGCCAAAAUAGAGCUCCUUAAAGAGUAAAAAAAAAAAAGUGGAGAGAAAGAUGACAGACAGACACAGCUCUUCUCAGGAGGAGGAAGAAGGACAGAGGUAGUGAUAGAAAAUGACAGAGUGUGUACUUUCAAAUUCAAAGAUCAGAGCAGAUCCACACUCUCUCUGCUGAGACACAGCGCUCAGUGGCCCAGCUCUGCUUCGACUAAAGCAGUAUCAGUGUUCUGAGUUUAUACUGAGUAGAACCAGUUUUACCAUUCUGCCUGUUUCCCCAUAGUUUCCUCAGUAAAAUGAGGCAAAACAAAGUAAGAAACCCUGGGUGCAGCAGUCUCCCUGCUGCUAGCUUGGUUACUCACUGAUGCUAUAGCUGCAGCCUUUAAAUAUGACUGCAGGUUUUGUUUGUGCACCGUAUGUUUGUGUGGGUGUGCUCACUCUUUUUUUUUUCUUCUCUCUUCUCUCUAACUCCUCCAGCUUGGAUCCGAGGCAGACGGAAGGAGCCCCCCUCCAUCGAGGUACGCCCCCCCACCCCACUCUCCUCCUCCUCCUCUUCUUCCUCUUCCCCACAGCCUCCCUGCUGAGCUGAUGGUUGGACUCAGGGGGGCUGGUUACAAGGGAGGGAGAGAAGUAAAGAUGGAGAGAGGAAAUAGCUUUGAUUUGUUUUAUCUUACAGUUGCAAACUGAAUCCAGGAACUUUGGGGGACAGGUGUUAGAAUAAACAGCAGCUGAAGCGCGUUGAUGGUGAGACAGAGAGCAAAGACAGCCUCUGAACAAGCGGCUCACUGACACCAUGUCCUAGUUUACUGUCUUUUUUUUCCCCAGCAUCUCAGCUUUUUGUGUUUUAUUUCUGGCAGUCUCCAAGAAGGGAAUGGUGAAGGAGUGCAGUUUUUUCCCCUCAUGUUCUUCUCUCCGGGUUUAUUGCUCUUUAAAUGUGAGAAUGCUGGAAAUCAUUUGGCCAGAGAAAUGUGGGUCUAUAGGAAAUCCCUUAGAAGGCCAGUACCCAGGCCCUCUUUCUAUCUCUCUGUGUCCUCUCUCCUGCCAGUGGCCAAUGCCAUCCCCUGCCUCUGCUGCCAGAACAUUCUCUUCCAAUUUUCUGCCUUGCGUCUGCCCAAUAGCUGCCAUCGACAGCUGGACAGUGUUGAUGUGGCCAAGGCUUCACUCCCAGCACAUUACCCUACCCCUUGUCACGCUCCCUCUCUUCCUGGUCCAAGCCGACAUAAAUUGAUUGGAUUAAAUCCUGUCAUUAACAGGCUGGAAAAGCAGCUCAGUAUGUUUGUCUCCCUCCCCAAAGCGGGGCUUUUUGGCCAUGGCUCUCCCCGUCUCUUUUCCAGUCCUUCAGUCCUGCCAAAACACAACAGCAUAAUGCCCAGUCCUCCCUUCUUUUUCUGGUUUCCCAUGCUAGGGAGAGGCUAACAUCACUGGACACUAGCUGUAGCUCAAGUGGUGGACCGUGUUCAGGUUGUAAUUGUUUCCAUGAGCUGAAAUGGUUGUUUAUACGGCGAAUGCCUCCUGUCAUGUUAGCUUACCGAUCUGUUCCAAGCACUACAUUUUAACCCAGGUUUAUUAGACCAAUAUAGGAGAACUGAGCGGGCUUGUUCAGGGCUGGUAAAUGCCUGACUUUAUACACGGCAGCUUCUCACAUUUGUUCCUGGAUGAUGCCCAGUGCAGCUUCACUUGUCUGGUACUUUGGACUUUGUCGCAGUUGUCUUUUUUGCUUCACCUAACAACAAAACUGAAAUAAUCAAUUUUCCAUGGAGACUUUUAUUCAGGAAGUUUUUGCAGGACAGUUUAGAGGUAUUCAAACUUUCAGUCCUCUUCAAUAUGAGUCUGAACAGUUAUUCAAAAGGCUGAUAUUUUUUACAAAAGUGUUUCUUUACUACCACAGACAGGGACACGAGUGACCCUUUCAGUUUUCUUUAUUCUUAGUUUUGGUUGGUGGCUUAAAUACUGCUCACAAUACAACUUUUUUUUUUUACCUCUGAUACGAUACAGAUAUUGUAGCCUUCAGUAUUGGCCGAUACUGAUCCAAUAUUGGUACAAACUUGUGCACAAGUUUUGCACUCAGCUGCAACGUCUUUUUUUGAGUUUAACGAAAAAUACUGCCACACAGCAGACAUCACUCCGAGUCCUUGCUACUUUGCUAAUACCUUAGUACACAAUGUUGCUAUGAUUACAUGGGCUGUACAUGCUGGAUCCAGGUGCUGCCAGAUAGAGGUGACAGAGCGGAGUCUGAAAUGGACUGCUUGUAUCGGAGUGCUGAUAUCGGAGAUUUUGAAUGCAGGCCGAUAUAAUACGAUAUUCAUGUUUUUUACGAUAUUCAUGUUUUUGCUGAUAUCGGACAGAUAUCCAAUAUUAAAAUUGUAUUGGGACACUCCUUCUGCUCACAUCUAUAAACAGCGAGUGGUGGUGAAGUGACUGAAGGUUGUAAGCAGUGCCAGCUACAUUAGGUAGGAAAUUUGCUGAUUCAUGGGGAAGUUUGAACACAAACUAUAACUUUUUAUUAUUCCUUAAUUGGCUAAUCUUGUGGCAGAGAAGUUGUGGCAAAAGCGUGACAUAAAUACCUGUGAAAAUGUGUUUUCUGUAUAAUCUUAGGCCACAUACAGUAUCUCAUAUAGGUUCCCCAUUAAUGUCUGCUAAGUAUGACCAUGAAAAUAAAGCUAUUACAUUCUACAUCCUGUAUGAGGUUUGAGUUCAUUUAACAGCCACUUUAGAAUCCUUCAACAUGUACUAGACUUAACUGGCAUUGGACAAAAGCUGUACGACCACCCCCACGCUGACACCAAACACAUACUCAGGGAUAUACUUUCAAUGCCGUUUAGCCGACAUAUGAAAUAAAUGUGAAAUGGCGAUCAUUAUUUCAAACCACUACACAUGUGAAGAUAGCACCCACCAAUGUCAUUAUUCUAAACUUGCAAACCUGUUUCAGCAAUAUUUCAGCAUUCAACUUUCUAUAGCAGUGGCCUGCAUACAUAGAGCUUAUGUACAAUUAGUAUGGUAUGGUGUAUAUAUAUAUAUAUAUAUAACACGUUCACAUGGUUGCAGUCAAUUUUAGGACAACAGGUGAAGUUAAAGCUCAACACAAUAUUAGCGUGGGGAUAAGGAAAUGGAAUGUAUCAUUCAGUUGUCCUGACAUUCUCCUUAUUUCACUCAAUAACUUUUAGCUGCUUCUUUUGAAAUAGGGUUUAGUUGAUAUCUAUGUCUCAGGUUGAAAAAUCAUUCUGGUAUCACAUUUUUAAUUAAUGCGUCUUUAAUUUUGUGUUGACAGGAGCUGCUGAAGAAUGAGUCCUACAGGAAGCAGAUCAAACUGAAAGCAAAGGAGGUGGAGGAAAAAGAUCUCGCUUUACAGGCCAAGGAGUAUGAGGAAGGUUUGGUGGCAACUCCUACAAGAACUUUGGCCACAGGCCAUGCAGCCAGCACCAGCUUUGGCAAGCAGGAGUUCAGCGAAGAACCAACCAGCACUGCAAACACGUUCCAGCCUGGAUCCUGGGCACCAAAUCCAAAGAAAUAG